GUCUCAAUAAAAUGGCGGCGCCCAUGAAAAUGGAAAUUUAAUUUUUUGUCCAGAUUAUUGGGAAAUACGAAGAUAUGGAGACUAUUUAUACAGUGUCAAGAUCAUCAGAUGAAAAGAAUACAUGGAAUCGACCUUACCAUGCUGUGAUAUCACUUUCCAAGAGAAACAUUAUUGCAUUUUCGAGUGCGGAAAAGUUGGAUUCUAAAAAAUCUGAGAUCGACGAAAUCAGUAACCAGUACUACGUCUACGUUUGUGAUGCUGAGCAGCCAUGGUCUCCCCACCAGGUGGCAGCAUGUGACAUUAAGGUCACCAAGUUAAUCUGGGAUUCAAGCGGAACGAGGCUUCUUGUGGUGGAUCAAUCGGGAUUGAUGAAACUAUGGAGUAUGAAGGAAUUCCUUCUCAAUGACUGGGAAUGUGUUGCAGAGACAAAUUGUUGUGAAGGGGAGGAAAUUGUAACAGCCACGUGGCUCCACACAGGUCUCAUGAUCAACCUUCAUUCAGAGAAGCGAGACAGUGCUCUAUACUCUGAUAAGUACAUAAGAGCAAAGUUCAACCCUUCCUUGAGAAGUUUUGGAAGUACACCGAUGGAAGGCUGGGUGGCGGUGUCUUCUACUAAUAUGGUGUAUUUGUGUGUACUUAAGAAGUCUAAUGACAACACUAUUACUGUCGUCACAGAGCAAUGUAUGCUGGGAAUUAUGCGAGACUUUGUUGCGACUGCAGAUAUCGGGUUUGAUCCUUCGGGAACCAUACACGUGACCACUAGCGAUAGUAGCACAAAAUCGUCAAUUCAGUGUUACCAAUUGAGUUUGAGUAUGACUGAGUCGGGGCUUCAAAUGCAUUGCACGUCAGAUAUAAGCUUGUUCUCGCAACUGCACACAAAUCCUUUAUUAACUGAGAACCCAGAUUCACGGGUGAUGUUAGUCAAAUUCGGGUCUCAUACAAAUCCCAGUUUGCUAUACAUUUGCACUGGCGAUAAGAACAUGUCGUACAUUGAGGUAUGGUCGAUGAAGACGCAAAACCAUGUGCUUCACAGGUUUUUCCAAACUGCGAACACACCCGACACAAAUUUACGAAUGUCCAAAUGGAGACACAGUGGGUCGCUGACUAUUAAUAGUGCAAUCAUUACAUUGGCCCUGUCAGAAUUUCCCAUCAUGCCUGUUGGGAAUGAGACACCACCUAUCUCAAUGGACCAACAUAUUGCAGUCGGAUGCUCUGAUGGUUCUGUGAAACUUUGCAACAAGUUACAGGUGGUGGCUGAGAUGAAAUGUGAUACAAAGACAGUUGUCAAGGGCAACAAAAAACAACGAUCAGCAGCCUAUCCAUCCUCAUUGGUUCAAACUUUUAGUGGGUGUGGCUUAGUAAUGAUUGACACUAACAACACCCUUUACAUGUUGAGAAUCGUAAACAUGAAAAACCCAGCGUUACAGACUCUCCCACUUAACAUAGUGACAAAGUUGGAGCUCGCAAUAGUCGGAGGAUAUGAUUGGUGGGAUGUGCUGCUAGCAGUGACACCUAGUAUAAUCGAGGCUGUUGUCCAAAGGUUAACUGAUAACUUUCAUAAGCAGCCAGCCUCUGUUCAGGACAUCUUACUUACAAGGUUCCUUGCUGUGAAAGCAUCCUUAUAUCAGUGUAGCAGUUCAAGCCAGCAGAAAGCUUCAGAUUGUUACUGUAAGAUGGUGCUUACUACAAUACACAUGGCUUUCAGAUCUAUGCUAAGGCCAAAGAGUUUAGCAGGAGUGGAUAAGACCCCAGCUGAACAGCUGACUAAUGCAUGCAGCAAAACUACUGAGAUAGAAAUUGACAAAAUAGUGGUCACCCUGGAGAGUACAGACUUUGUGGUAGAACCAGGCACUCUAAUCUCAUUACAACAUCUCAUACAAUGGGUGGCUGAUUUCACGCUGUAUCUCCUAUCAUCCGUGCCACUCUAUCAGAAUUAUUCCCUCUACCCAGGCUCGACAAUUGUGCAAGACGCUAACUGUUUAAUGAUGAUACGCGAAAUGUUAAUUCUCAUCAAAAUGUGGGGUUUAGUUUGCCACAGUUGCCUCCCAGAAUUCACUUUAUCGUCAAAAGUCGAUUGCUUAUCUCGGCUGUUUCACCUAACGAGCCGUCUUUGGCUGAGCAUUAAAGAUGGCGGUAGUUUCGAUUUGGAUGAAAGUGUCAUGGACGAGUGUUGUUUACUGCCAAGUCAGGCAGUUAUUCCACCAGUGGAUAUAGUUCUUCCAACGACAAAGAAUCAUUUGAAUAUUACCUCAUGUAAACAAACAGAAUAUUUCUCAUUUGGGGAUGCCCCUCGAGGAACUGAUACAUCCCCCUGGUAUUCUCUUAUAGAGGGGGGAAGUGUAACAAAACAAAAACGAGACAUUAUACGCCAAAUAAGCCUCGGAGUCAGGCCUCCUCAAUGUGUGAAACAAUGCUCACGUUGUGGGAGUCAGGCAUUGUUAAAAGGAAAUGCCAAAUCAAUGGCCUCAAAAUCGUGGGAUCAGCGCUGGGUCAAGAUGUGUUAUUGUGGGGGACAUUGGAUGCUAUCAAACUCAAAACAAAGUGUGUGAUAUUAUUUUACAUUUCUGUGAU